CUCCCGAGAGCGGACCUGCAUGUGCGUGAGCAGAGCCGAGGAGAAUGGCAGUCCUCAAACUCACCGACCAGCCACCACUGGUCCAAGCAAUUUUCAGCGGUGAUCCAGAGGAGAUACGGAUGUUGAUCUACAAAACUGAGGAUGUUAAUGCUCUGGAUGGUGAGAAACGCACCCCGCUUCAUGUUGCGGCUUUUCUGGGGGAUGCAGAGAUCAUUGAGCUCCUCAUUUUGUCAGGGGCUCGUGUCAAUGCCAAGGACAAUAUGUGGCUGACCCCUCUUCAUCGGGCUGUCGCCUCAAGGAGCGAAGAAGCAGUACAAGUAUUGAUUAAGCAUUCAGCGGAUGUUAAUGCUCGGGACAAGAACUGGCAGACACCGUUGCAUGUAGCAGCUGCAAACAAAGCAGUGAAGUGCGCAGAAGUAAUCAUUCCAAUGCUGAGCAGCGUCAAUGUCUCUGACAGAGGGGGGCGGACAGCAUUACACCAUGCAGCUCUGAACGGCCACAUUGAGAUGGUGAACUUGCUUUUAGCCAAAGGGGCAAACAUCAAUGCUUUUGACAAAAAGGACAGGAGAGCUAUUCAUUGGGCAGCAUAUAUGGGCCACCUGGAAGUUGUUGCCUUGCUGAUUAACCAUGGUGCAGAGGUGACUUGUAAGGACAAAAAGGGUUACACUCCACUUCAUGCUGCUGCAUCCAAUGGGCAGAUUAAUGUAGUGAAACACCUUCUUAAUCUAGGUGUAGAGAUUGAUGAAAUGAAUGUCUACGGAAAUACUGCGCUCCACAUUGCGUGUUAUAAUGGUCAGGAUUCUGUAGUUAAUGAGUUGAUUGACUAUGGUGCUAAUGUUAAUCAGCCUAAUAACAGUGGAUUUACCCCCUUGCAUUUUGCUGCUGCCUCCACUCAUGGAGCUUUGUGUCUUGAACUGCUAGUGAAUAAUGGAGCAGAUGUUAAUAUUCAGAGUAAAGAUGGCAAGAGUCCACUGCACAUGACAGCUGUCCACGGGAGGUUCACACGGUCGCAAACCCUCAUUCAGAAUGGAGGUGAAAUUGACUGUGUUGAUAAGGAUGGCAACACCCCUCUGCAUGUGGCUGCGAGAUAUGGACAUGAGCUUUUGAUUAACACCCUAAUAACCAGCGGAGCUGAUGCUGCCAAGUGUGGUAUCCACAACAUGUUCCCCUUACAUUUAGCAGCACUAAACGCUCACUCGGACUGCUGCAGGAAGUUGUUGUCAUCAGGACAAAAGUAUAGCAUAGUGUCCUUGUUUAGUAAUGAGCACGUGCUGUCUGCAGGCUUUGAAAUAGACACCCCAGAUAAUUUUGGAAGAACGUGCCUCCACGCUGCUGCUGCAGGAGGUAACGUUGAAUGUGUAAAACUCUUGCAGAGCAGUGGAGCAGAUUUUAAUAAAAAGGACAAAUGUGGGAGGACACCUUUGCACUAUGCAGCUGCGAAUUGUCAUUUCCAUUGUAUCGAGACACUGGUGACCACAGGGGCAAAUAUUAAUGAAACGGAUGACUGGGGACGUACUGCUUUGCACUAUGCUGCUGCUUCUGACAUGGACAGAAAAAAGAAUAUUUUAGGUAACUCCCACGAAAAUGCCGAAGAACUUGAAAGAGCCAAUGAGAUGAAGGAAAAAGAAGCUGCAUUGUGUCUAGAGUUCCUGCUUCAAAAUGAUGCCAAUCCAUCGAUCCAAGACAAAGAAGGGUACAACACAGUGCACUAUGCUGCUGCUUAUGGCCAUAGACAGUGUUUGGAAUUGCUUCUGGAAAAAACCAGCAACAUUUUUGAUGAACCAGAUUCAGUAGCUACUAAAAGUCCUUUGCAUUUAGCUGCCUAUAAUGGUCAUCAUCAAGUCUUGGAGGUACUUCUUCAGUCUCUGGUAGACUUGGAUAUUAAGGAUGAGAAAGGACGCACUGCCUUGGACCUGGCUGCCUUUAAAGGACAUGCAGAAUGUGUUGAAGCUCUCAUCAGCCAGGGUGCUUCCAUCUUGGUAAAAGAUGACGUCACCAAAAGAACCCCACUCCAUGCCUCAGUCAUCAACGGUCACACACCAUGUUUGCGGCUGUUGCUGGAAGUUGCAGACAACCCUGAUGUGACAGAUGCCAAAGGACAAACCCCACUGAUGCUAGCUGUGGCAUAUGGGCACAUUGAUGCUGUUUCCUUGUUACUUGAAAAAGAAGCAUCUGUAGAUGCAGCCGAUUUCCUGGGAUGCACAGCUUUACAUCGAGGGAUUAUGACUGGGCAUGAGGAAUGCGUUCAAAUGCUGUUGGAACAAGAAGUAUCUAUCUUGUGUAAAGACUCCAGAGGCAGGACACCUCUACAUUAUGCAGCAGCUCAUGGUCAUGCCACUUGGUUAAGUGAAUUACUGCAGAUUGCACUGUCAGAAGAGGACUGUAGUUUCAAAGAUAAUCAAGGUUAUACACCAUUGCACUGGGCUUGUUAUAAUGGUAAUGAAAACUGCAUAGAGGUACUAUUGGAACAGAAAUAUUUCCGCAAAUUUAAUGGUAAUAACUUCUCUCCAUUGCACUGUGCCGUAAUCAAUGAUCAUGAAAAUUGUGCUUCACUGCUCAUUGGGGCCAUAGAUGCCAGCAUUGUCAACAGUAAAGAUGACAAAGGAAGAACUCCACUUCAUGCGGCAGCCUUUGCCGAUCACGUAGAAUGCUUGCAGCUUCUUUUAAAUCACAAUGCACUGGUAAAUGCUGCAGAUAAUUCAGGGAAAACGCCACUUAUGAUGGCAGCUGAAAAUGGACAUGCAGGUGCUGUAGAUUUUUUGGUGAACAGUGCCAAGGCUGAUCUGACUGUAAAGGAUAAGGACUUGAAUACACCCUUGCACUUGGCUAGCAGUAAAGGUCAUGAAAAAUGUGCCUUGUUAAUACUUGACAAGAUCCAAGAACAGAGCCUUAUUAAUGCAAAAAAUAAUGCAUUGCAGACACCUCUCCAUAUUGCUGCACGAAAUGGCCUAAAAAUGGUGGUUGAGCAGUUGCUGGCUAAGGGGGCGUGCGUACUAGCGGUAGAUGAAAAUGGUCAUACGCCAGCCCUGGCUUGCGCUCCUAACAAAGACGUGGCUGACUGCCUGGCACUCAUUUUGGCUACCAUGAUGCCUUUUUCUCCUUCCAGUUCAAUGAUGCCUUUCAACUUCGUUUGUUUUAAAAAAGACAAUUUAAGCAGGACACAUCUCUGCGAUGGCUCCAAUAUGGGCAGCAUUAACUCUUACAGUAAACCCUUGAGUAACAAUAUAGGAACAGAGGAUGGGUACAAUGAAAAUGAUUCCGAUUCUGAAACGUUUUGA